GAAUAAAUUGAGGAACGCAAAAAACGACAUUUAUUUAAACAUAUUUCAUGUAGUGGUACGAAACUAGUAAGGAAGUAUGCAAAAAUGAUGUCUUGCAUUUUUCAUUAAUAGGAGCUAUGAAGAUAUCCAUGCAAGCUGUAACAAGGAACUGCAGGAACUGCAGAAAAAAUUUUAGUGGAAAAGGACUUGGAAAUCAAGGCGAAAAAUGAGAAAAAUGAGCGAACUGAAACUCAACCAGAUAGAGCGCUUUGGCGUUAAAUGGUUUUCAUUUGAUGAUGACAUUAUAGAAUUUUACACAGGUUUUCCGACUUGCAAAUUAUUUAUUGCACUUUUCUCGGUCAUCGAACCAACAGCUGUACGAAUGAAAAGUGUUUACUACUAUCCAUCUGAGGAAUGCACUAUCCGGGGCGUCCAAGGUCAGUGAUCCCUAUUGAUGAAUUGUUCAUGUUCUUGUGCAUGUUGAAAUAUGGUAUUCUCUCAGAGGAUCUAGCUGUUAGAUUUAUCAUACACAGGUCUACAGUGAGUAGAAAACUUAUUACAUGGACAAAUUAUUUAUACUUUACAUUUGGAAGCAUUAAUAUCUGGCCCAGUAAGGAAAAAGUCCUGAACCAUAUGCCACAAGAUUUUAAACUGUGGUAUGCAAGAACACGUGUAACUAUAGACUGUACAGAAAUUUUAACAGAGACACCGUCAUCAUUAGCAUUGGCCUCAAAAACGUUUUCAUCAUAUAAAAGUCACAACACUUGGAAGGGCUUAGUUGGGAUUGCAUCGCAUGGAGCCGCAACUUUUAUUUCAUCAUUAUAUUCUGGUUGCAUGUCUGACAUUAAGAUUACGUAGCGUUCUGGUCUUAUUAAAUUCUUGGAACCAGGGGAUCAAAUCAUUGCAGACAAGGCAUUUAUUUUGAACAAUCUUUUAAAGGGUACAGGGAUUUCAAUUGCGACUCCUCAUUUCUUGUGUGCUGAUGGACAAUUUACACCAGCACAAAUACAAGACAACCAGAAAAUUGCCUCAUUAAGAAUCCAUGUAGAACGGCACAUCAAGAGAAUAAAGGAAUACAGACUCUUGCAGUCAACUGUUCCCUUGUCGAGUGCAGGUUCAGUUAACCAGCUAUGGACUAUUGCUAAUUUACUUACUUUAUUUAGGAGACCAUUGAUAAAGCUGAAAAAUUAA